AUUAAAGAAAUUAUUUAAAAAAGUUUGUUACUGUUACUAAUAAAAAAAGUUUAAUUAGUUUUUUGAUUGAUUAUUAUAGUGAAAAUUUGUGACGUUUCCAAAGUGAAAAUUUUUCGAGGAACCAUGCGUCGGAACGUCAAAAUCGUGCUGCUGUUCUCAAUGGCCUGGAUGUUUGUCAUCGUGUAUUAUUUACAGACAACGAGGGAUGUUAAGACAGAAAACCGAGCACUACGUCUCAAAGAACUGGCAGGUCCAUCAACACAACAGCAGCAACAAUUACUCCUCGUGCAAUAUCCUCAGGAUGGCAGUCAGCAAAUGUCAUUCCAGCAUUUGCAACUUCAAAGCCAUUCCCAGCAACAGACUCUGAGCAGUCAACAAAGCGCGGUUGCAGCAAUUAUGCCGGCGGCUUCCGGGCCGAAUUUCUUCACGAACGACGAACCGUCCUCGAUGGGUUCAUCGUGGAGAUAUUUCGACGAGAAGAAUUAUGUCCAAGGAGGUUCAUUGCAUGUAGGUGAAGACCCUUAUAAACGGAAUAGAUUCAAUCAGCAAGCGAGUGACUCAUUACCGAGUAAUCGGGAGAUUCCGGAUACGAGGAACGCAAUGUGUCGAAAGAAAACUUGGAUGGAUGAUCUACCGACUACUAGUGUGAUUAUAACUUUCCACAAUGAGGCUCGAUCUACGCUUCUGCGAACAGUUGUCAGUGUGCUAAAUCGAAGUCCUGAGCAUCUCAUCAAGGAGAUCAUCCUCGUAGAUGACUUCAGCGAUCAUCCCGAAGAUGGUGCAGAGUUGGCGAGAAUAAGCAAAGUGCGGGUUCUUCGAAACUCAAAAAGGGAAGGUCUCAUGAGGUCUCGUGUACGGGGUGCUGCCGCAGCUGUUGCUCCUGUUCUUACCUUUUUGGAUAGUCAUUGUGAAUGUAAUGAAGGAUGGUUGGAACCAUUACUAGAACGUGUGCAACAGGAUCCAACACGUGUGGUCUGUCCCGUCAUCGACGUGAUAAGUAUGGACACGUUCCAAUACAUCGGGGCAAGCGCCGAUUUGCGUGGGGGCUUUGAUUGGAAUUUGGUGUUCAAAUGGGAAUAUUUGAGUGACGCAGAAAGACAGGCCCGCAGGAGCGAUCCCACUGCCGUCAUUAGGACGCCUAUGAUUGCGGGUGGAUUAUUCGUGAUAGACAAGGUGUAUUUCGAAAAGCUUGGCAGGUACGACAUGAAAAUGGACGUUUGGGGCGGCGAAAAUCUUGAAAUAUCGUUCCGCGUAUGGCAGUGCGGAGGAAGUCUCGAGAUCGUCCCUUGCAGUCGAGUAGGUCACGUCUUCCGCAAAAAGCACCCUUACACAUUCCCAGGAGGAAGCGGCAACGUUUUUGCCAAGAACACGCGAAGGGCCGCUGAGGUCUGGAUGGACGACUACAAGAAAUAUUACUACGCCGCGGUGCCGCUCGCCAAGAACAUUCCAUUUGGAAACAUUGACGACCGGCUUGAAUUGAAAGAACGUUUGCAAUGUAAACCAUUUAGUUGGUAUUUGAAAAAUGUUUAUCCGGAACUUCUAGUUCCGGAAAUAGCUUUGUCGGGUUCUUUGCGGCAAGGCUCGCAUUGUUUGGAUACAAUGGGUCAUCAAGCCGAGGGAACUGUAGGUCUUUACCAAUGUCACAACACAGGCGGAAAUCAAGACUGGACUUUAACAAAAACAGACCAAAUUCGGCAUCAUGAUUUGUGUCUCACCUUAGUUCGCUACAGUAGAGGUUCCAUGGUGGUCAUGAAAUUCUGCGAUGACUCCGACAACCAAAAGUGGCGUCAACUGCCUGGAGGUAUGUUGGCACACGGACGACUAAAUCUUUGCCUAGAUUCAAGGUACGCCCAAGACCGAGGGAUUACGGCAGAAAAUUGUAAUUCAGCUUUGCAUAGUCAAAUGUGGAGAUUUUCUAGCUCAUGAAACGUCCAAAAUGGCAAUCAUUUAGAAGAAAAUAGCGGAAAGUUCCAAAUUGAUAACGCUAAACAAAAACUGAAAACAAAUUUUAGAGUCGAAACUCCGCAUCAAAAGGUAGAUAAGUCGAACAAAUUUGAUAUCUACAAAUUGCUAGGUAUACAAGAAACAACAUCGGACGUCAAAACUAAUCAGUUUGCGGUUUUAAUGAAAUUUAAUCAAUAUACACUGAUGCACAAUGAUAAUUACACGGAUCCUAGAGUUUUUAUGAAAAUUUAUCAAAUUUAAUUAUAGCCCAUACACGGAUAUCAAAUGUGCGUGUAUCGUAAGUGAUGUAAAUUUUAGCUAAAAUGUAUAAAAAGAAAAAACGAAAGCCCAUUGAGGUGUGAAAGUAUUUUAGUGAAAAUGUGUUUUAUAUAAAAUAUAAAAUUUAAGUCAUACGCAAUUAUUCACACGACCCAGUAUAGUCAUAAUGUUAACGUAUGUAUUAUAUAAAUUUGUAUAUUUAUUUCUUUGUACAUAAUGCGAUA